AUGAAAUUCACCUACUUUGUCUCUAUUCUCACUGCUGGGCUUGGUUCCGUGGCCUAUGCCAUCGAAGCUCCUAUCCCUGGAUACGGUGUUGAGGAACUUUCCUGGGAAGUCCAGACCACCCCUGGCGGCCCAAUUGUGAACCUCAAUGGAACAGUCCAAGAGGUCCACGAACAACUGUUGAUAAUCAACCCCAAUUACGAACAAGAAUUCGCUACCCUGAACACCGACGAGAGGCGGGAGUUUGCUACCCAGAAGCGGGAUACUGUUACAUGCUACCAGUAUCCCCAAGCCAACCACAAGGACGUUGAGAAGGGUAUUGCGUACUUGCGUAAAGUUCCUGGACAGCCCACAAACGGGCCAGGGCCCAACAACUGCGGACGGGUCAGCUGUGGUUACAAUGCUGGCAUCUGGUGGUGCAAUGAUAACUCUUUUAGCAAGACCCUUCCCAGCUUCAACAACAUUGCUGAUGGAGCUCAGGUGGUUGAGAAUAAGUGCUGGAGAGGAGGCAACUAUUUCUCCGGAAAGUGUGAUCAUGCCGAUCACUGGAGUGUGAUUGUCAAAGGCGAGCGCUGCUAGAAUAGCACGAAAAUACCGUUUGCGAGAGAAAUGACUCAUAUAUCACCGAUAUUUGAUGGUGUCAGCACCAUAUGCUGAUUCAAUUUUCAGCCAAUAUCGAAUGAGCGGCAAAUCUAUCGUACAUUUCUUUCCACAGGAUAGUGCGGCCACCUGUAGCCGUGAAUCAUUUCAGAAACGUCUCGUGCGAGUCUGAAAGGUCCGAAG